ACUGACUUCAUCUACAAGUUAAACAUGGCUGCACCACCUAAUUACAACCAACAAAAUGCCGCUUAUCCACCUCCAGGGUCAUACCCCCAAGGUCAACCGGCAUACCCACAAGGCCAAGUGGCAUACCCUCAAGGUCAACCAGGGGUAGUGUAUCCUCCAGGUCAGCAGGUCGUGGUUACUCAAGGGGCGCCAGCUACUACGCACGUGUACCAUACUGGUUCUAACCAAGGAUGCUGCGGCAUGGAUACCGCCGAACACUUCAACGGGAAAGCCGGACUGGCCACAGGAGUGGUUCAUCUAAUUGUUGCUAUCUUAUCUAUCAUACUCGGUGGAGUUGCGUACGCUUUUCCUGUAAUUCAGAUCGGUUACGGAAUCUGGAAUGCUAUCAUUUUCAUUAUCCCGACCGGAAUUUUGGGAGUGGUUAGCAAGAACAAGCAAUCAUGCGUUAUCAUCGGAUACAUGAUCAUGGGCAUCUUAUGUAGCUGGAUAGCAAUCGGAAUGCUUGCUUACGAAGCCUUUGUGUCGGCUGUUCUGUCGUACUACGGAAGUUGCUACUACAGGUUCGAUGGGUACGAUUACCUUAACAUUUGCAACUACGAACGUUCAUAUGGUGCUCUUGCUGUCCAUGCCAUUCUCGCUCUGCUAGCUCUGAUCGAGUUCAUCAAUGCUAUUGUGGGUGCUGCCUACUGCUGCGGUGGACACCCGUGCUGUUGUGGCAAGUCCUCGUCCGCCCCUGGCACUACCACCACGGUCCAAUACGGCCAAGCACAGCCAAUGACGGUGACUUCUCAAAAAUACGCACCAGGUCCAUAGAUGCCGUCAAUAUGACGUCAUACAUGACGACAUAGCUUCAGUAUAUGACCAUUUGUAUCACUGAUCAACAUCUUCGUGAAAUGUUCUAUCAUUAAAAGGCGACUGGUGUCCCCGUCGAAAUGCCGCUGUGGAAUUUCGAUCAUUAACUAAAUUUUCGGAUCAUAAUUUUUGAUUAACGUCAUGUAUACUAGAAAAAGUCCGCUGUUUCACCUACGCAACAGUGUUAACGAAACAAUGUAUAUGAUUUAUUAACGGAGGUCUCAUUCUGUAUGUGGUGGCGGGUAUAUCAGAAAAAUACGUAUUUACAGCUAAAAUUAGACCGUGUAAUUUUCCUAAAAUACAUAAACAUAUUGCUGAAUUAUUUUCUUCUCACGAGGCUUUAACUGAUAUAAUUUUCUUCUUUUGAUGCAUUUACAUUUUUUUUGUAAUAACAAAUGUACUAACGCGCAGUUUUCCCCAGUCAUAACAAAAAUAACAUCGAAGUCUAUUUUUAAAAUACCUGAUGCCAAUACUUUUAAACCGAAGAUUGAGGCUUUUGAAUGUCAAUUUAAAGGAGAUGGUUCAUUACACUACGUAUUAAACAUAGUCUUGCGAAUACAUGUAUCUUUAAUCCGAUGUAGUAGUUUUUCAAUCUUUAUUUUUGCAUUUUUCAUGUUAAGUUUUUAUUUUUGUAUAUACGAACAUUACAUAUGGUAACAAUGGUAUUGCAGAUUUGAUUUAUCUGAAAAUACAUUUUCAUUAUAUCGUGUGAGUAAAAAAAAAUAACACCUCACAUAUCCCCAAAAUAUUACAUGAACGUGUACCAUUAUAUUGCUGGAAAGACUAUCUUCUCCCAAAUAACUUUUUUUUUAAAAUCUUUUUCCCCUCCACAGGGAUUUUAUUGGCAAUAAAAAAUCAAUAGGUACAGAGCACAAUGAAUAAUACAAUCACUGAUAUAAACAAUGAACUGACAAGUAUAACAAAAUAAUUUUACAUGUUGAAGUCAAACAAUAAAAAGAUUUUUCAACCGAAACCAUCUUUUGUCAAAUCUGCGUUGUUUGAAAUUAAGUUGGGCAAUGUAUUUCUCAUUUUGAUAAUAAUUGAUUAUUGAGGAUUUAAUGAAACUGAAAAGAGGAAUUGUAUUGUUUAUUUUACAAUCAUACACAGUUUUUCUUACUAUAAUAAAAAUACAAUUAAGUGCACAAUUGUUUUUUCCAAUAAAUCCGAGUAUUUUAUUUUCAUCUGAAAAGUGUAUUCUCCCAAAUAACUUGAUACCAUAUUUAUGUGGUAUGUCCUCACGUUUGGACAAUCAUUAAGGAUUCUUUGCAGUGAUGUCACCUUUCAAUUGUGCCAAAGUAAGGCAUGGCUGCAAUGAAUGAAACCAGAUGCCAAUGAUGUCAUAAUCCUACAUGAGUUCGAAUUACAUAUCUGUUGAGCCAUUUUAAUGAAAUUAACUUGAGAAUUGUUACUAAAAUGUGUUUAUUCAACAAUUAUGAUGUAAAUUACUGAGAAGAUGUGUUGAAGUGGAUUUUAAUGCAACACUUGUAUAGGAUUAUGACAUCAUUGACAUCUGGAUUCAUUUAUUGCAGUGAUGCCGUAAUUUGGCACAAUUAAUCAAAAUUUACAUCACUGCAAAGAAUGCCUCCUGGUCAUCCAGGCGUUAACAUGUACCACAUAAAUAUGGGAUCAAAUUAUUUUGGAGAACAUGCUCUUUCAGGCCAUAUAUAAUGAUUAUGUGUUCACGACAUAUUUUUUUCCUUAAAUUUGGGAUUUGUGAGGUAUAAAGUUUUUUUGGGGGGCUCACACGGUAUAAAAUUAAUAAUGAGAUUAUAAUACCCUAUGUAAAGAUGAUAUUGCUUGUGCCUUCAGAUAUGAAUGAAUAUUCGCCGAUACAUAGUCUUUAGACAUACUCAUGUAAUCAUAAUGGUAUGAUGUAUUACAUUUUAGCGUCUGGUAAUAUGUUCCUGGUUUAUUUUAAAAAAAAUAUACACAUACUUUAGACAAUGGCUGAAAUUUAUGAGCUUAAAAUAUAAAUGUACAUAGAUUCAUAACUAAAAAAAGAAAGUAGCAAAUUGACAAUACUGAUACACAACACGUAUAUACAUGUAGGUACAAGGAAUGUAUCACUAAAGGCGACCGCACACCUUACGAUUGGUCUGCGACUCAAUUUUGGAAUAAAACGUAGUAGAAUUUGAUGCUAAUAUUGAGACUUAAAAUAUCUUACUGUGUAAUGUUCGAAAUCAUCGUACGAAUACCUAUGUUUAAAUCUGUGACUAUGCUAUCAUCCUUCUUAGAAUAAGAGCAAAUUUAAUAUCAAGUCGUAAUGACGUCAUAGCAGUCGUACGAUUGGCUACGAUUUGAAACUAAUUUGGCUUUUACUCCAAAAUAAAGGCUUGCAAUCUUUAAAAAUUGUUAUACUAGUAUUCUUUCAAUUAAUAUCAACCUCAAAUAAAAUGAUAUGUUCCAUUCUCAUUUUCAGAAAUUGAGCAAAAUGCGAUUUGUUCCAAAAUCGGAUCGCGAACAGUCGUAAGGUGUGCGGUGGCCUUAAGACAGAUGUCAAUAAUAUUUUGAUGAUAGUAAUGAAAUGUACAAUUUUUAUAUAUAGGUCAUUAAUUCGAGUAUAAGAAUAUUUCAGGAUUAUGAUUAUUAUCCUGAUUAUUAUAUUGCUUUCAUAUUAAGAUAUAGGACUAACCUGACUGUGAUGGUGCAUUUAUGUAUAUUCAGUGCUUUUAUUGAGCGAGCUUUCUAAAUUCAGCUUUUAGUAAUGCAUUUUGAAAGAUACCGUCAUAUUAAGGUGUCCAUGUUUGAUACUGGAAAUAAAAAAAGUCUGAAACAAAGAAUAUUAACAAAGGUUUUAUACUUACGUCCUAGUAAUGUAUCUGGUUAUGAUUCAUGUUUCACAUUUAAACACAUAACGGCUGAAAACACAGAUUAUGUACAAGAUUAAUCAUCCCGUAAAUGAUAUAAUUUGUGUGUUGUGGGUCACGUUACCCACAGUUGCCAAUUUGACUAUGGACCUUCCAGGAAGAGAUUUGCAGAGAAUUCAAGCUUAUCACCAAUGUAUGAAAUGUAUAGGUGCUGAGAAUUUCGUAGUUGUUUUCCGGGAAAAAAUGCCAUUUGGUCUACACCACUCUAUCUACUUCCCACUUGGAAACUACCACUUCGUCUAAUUGCCAACUUAACCCAAUUGGUCUCAUUUCUAAUUAGGCUGUACCCAUCUUGUCUAAUGUCCAGAUAGACCGACACCACUUUGUCUAUAUAAUUAGCUUGUACAUGAACCAAAUGUUUAUUUGACAAAGUACAUGCAAAAUAAUAAGUAGACAAAGUAUACAUUAGACCAACUGGGUAUUAGACCAUGCAGGAUGAGACUAAAUGGAGGUGAGACCAAGAGUCAUGUAGACAAAAUGACAAUUAGACUAUAUAAUUAGUAGACCAAGUGCAUACAAACCAAGUUCACACAAAUUAUCAGUCUUUCUGGAUUAGGGAGUCUUGGUCAUUUUGCAUUACCGAAUGGACGAUUUGUAAUAACAAGUUUUCAGCUGAUUUUUGUUUACAUUUUACAAGAAGAUUAUUUUACUAUUGUGACGGUGUACUAAUCAUAAGAAUUAAAUUCUUUUCUAUAAAGUUUUUGAAACUUUUAA